AUGCUGGCAUUUACAAGGGAAUGUGAUCACCAUAUUAUAACCUCAUUUGAAACCAUCAACUUUCGACUGGGCAAUAAGAGUUUUGUCUUUGACCCAAUAAAAGAAGCAAAUAGCAACAAAAUAAAUGAAGCGCGUAAAACUUGUGAAGGAAGUUAUGAUCACGAAACUGUAAUAUUGGAAUUGAUUGAUUGUUACCUUGAGUCAUCUCCAGCAGGUACAGUGAAUGAAAACAAAAUGUUUAACGGUGCUUGUCCGUCUGCCACUAAAAUAGAUAUUACAAAGAGUUUGAAUAUCCUAAAGAAAACGGAUUUUAAGGAGAAUGAUCAAAUCAAACUGGCAACGGGAUUAAUGAAGCCCAUCACGUUAGAUACCCAAAGAACAAAAAAUUCACACUUUUUCCAAAGCCUUAAUGAGAAAAAGACUUGUGGAGGUUCGUUAUUAGAUCCGUUGUCGCAUCCUCCUCCUCUAAACUUUAAUGAUAAAGAACAAGAACUGUUUCAUGGCCCCAAUAGUUCAAGUUCAGCAAAAGUUGAAAGUGGUAAAGUUAAAAAGGAAUUGAAACACGAAAUUGAAGAAUGCCUACGUUCAACAUGCUUCCCUCCAUCUUCUUCAUUCACUUCGUCCCCCUCAUCAUUAUCAUCCAAUAUUUCAACAACAUCAAGAUUUAAUAAACACUAUUACAAAUCCAAGUUGUCCAACAUCAACAUCAAAUUUCGCAACUCAACCACAAUCUCUAAUUUCUUUUCGCCAUUUUCACCUUCAGAAUCUACCGCCACACGUCACUCUUUCACCAGCAAAGUUGAUGAGAACAAUAUAUCAGAAUUAUUACAUGUUUCUGCUACAAACACAUACAUCAACAAGAUAUGUAGCGCAAUUCCAAUCUCUAAAGAUCUCGCAAGUUGUGAAAAAUUGGCACAAACAGCAGCAACCUUGCCAAUACCGCAAACAGGGAAUAACAAAAGAGUGAGAAUUGCAGAACAAAAAAACCAAUACAUAUAUCCAAGCGCUAACUUUACCAUACUUAAUGAAAGAAGAAACAAAACAGUUGGUGAAAAAUAUAAUGUCAAUAACAGAGUUCAUGAGGGACAUCCUCAAAGUAGUCUAGGCGAAGGACAAAAACCAUUGGAUACCUCUAGACUAUUUAAAAUAGGCAUAAAACCGAAAAGGAGGUUUCACUUGCUCAAAAUUGAAGACAAAUGA